AUGAAUUGUGAAGAUGAUAAGAUAUACGAGGAUAUUUCAAUAAACAAUUUAUCAUCGUCAUCCAAAUCCACAAUGUCUGUACAAAGCUCUUCGUAUCUCAAAAAGAAAGGAAACAUUUAUAUAAUUUAUACUGGCGGUACAUUAGGUAUGAAAAGAGAUCCAGUUACAGGUACUCUUAGACCCGAGCCACAUUAUUUAAAGCAACAACUUCAAGGUUUACCAGAAAUGAAAUCAUUAGAUAUGCCAACAUAUACAAUCUACGAAUUUGACCCACCCAUUGAUUCAUCAGAUAUGGAACACGAGGAUUGGGUAAAAAUUUGUCAUUUAAUUGAAAAGAAUUAUUAUGAUUAUGAUGGAUUUGUUAUUUUGCACGGUACAGAUACAAUGGCAUAUACAGCAAGCGCUUUAUCAUUUAUGUUGGAAAAUUUAGGUAAACCAGUAGUAUUAACAGGUUCACAAAUUCCAUUUGCAGAGCUAAUCAAUGAUGCAAGACGUAAUCUUUUAACCACAAUAAUUUUUGCAAGUAAAGUUGAUUUACCUGAAGUAUGCAUUUUUUUCAAUAAUAAUUUAUUACGUGGUUGUAGAAGUCGUAAAGUUGAUUCAUGGAGCUUAGAUGCCUUCGAAUCACCCAAUUGCCCACCGCUAGCAACUCUUGGUAUGGAAAUUAAUAUCAACUUUGACUUGGUUUUAAAUCAGCCAAAAGGCCGUUUCCGUGUGCACGAAAGAAUAAAUAAAAACAUAGCGGUGCUUCACUUGGUUCCAGGUUUCAGCGAUGAUGCUUUCCAAAAUCUUUUAGCUGAACCCUUAGAAGGUUUAAUUUUACAAUCUUAUGGUAGUGGUAAUGCUCCAGGUAAAAAAAGUAAAUUCCUCGAGGCUAUUACAAAAGCUGUAAAAAGAGGUGUCAUUGUCGUUGUAACAAGUCAAUGUCUUCGUGGUAGUGUAAAUCUCAAGCAAUAUGCCACUGGUAAAUCAUUAUUGGAUGCUGGUGCAAUUAGUGGAUAUGAUAUGACUGUCGAAACUGCCGCCACAAAAUUAGGCUGGUUAUUAGGUUUAGGUAUACCCACCGAACAAGUUAAAAUGUUAAUGCAAAGCGAUUUAAGAGGUGAACUUACAAGAAAUGCUUCAAAAAAAAUUUAUUGA